CCCUUUCUUUGACGGACGGGCGGCUGCUCUCCUCUCCUCUCACCUCCUCCCACCUCCGGUCCUCCCUCCCUCCUCUCCCCACUACUCACAGACUCUUCUCUCCCCUCCCCCUCCCUGGGUCCUCCCGGUUCCCACCUAUGCGCGGACGGCGAGCUUCAGGUGAAGCUUGAAUCUACAAGUGGUAUUGUCACGGACGAGAGGUGACGUUAGGCGCAAGUGCUCGAUGGCAAAUCAUUAUGCUCCUCUCAGGGUUAUUCUUCUACUGUUGUUGGUCUUCCCUUGUUUCGCCUCUGAAGCUGAUAUCCAGUGCUUGAGAUCUGUUCAGCAGUCAGUGAUUGACCCCAACGGUGUACUCAAGUCCUCAUGGAAUUUUGACAACCGCACUGCUGGUUUCACAUGCCGAUUUACCGGCGUGGAAUGUUGGCACCCGGAUGAGGACCGAGUUCUUUCUUUGCACCUAGGCAACCUCGGUCUCCAGGGUUCAUUUCCUCACGGUCUUCAGAAUUGUAGCAGUAUGACUGGGCUGGAUCUGUCAAACAACAACUUUUCAGGACCUAUCCCUCAAGACAUCUCCCGAGAAAUACCAUACUUAACAUCAUUGGACCUCUCCUACAAUGGUUUUUCUGGCACCAUCCCACCAAAUAUAUCAAACAUGACUUACCUGAACGUCCUCAAUCUCCAACAUAACCAGUUUAGUGGCGAAAUUCCACCGCAGUUCAGUCUUCUGACUCGGUUAACUGCAUUCAAUGUCGCAGAGAACCGACUAUCAGGGUUUAUUCCAUAUUCAUUAGGAAAAAAUUUCACGGCAUCGAAUUUUGCCGGUAAUCAAGGGCUAUGUGGGGCUCCAUUAGAUGAAUGCCAGGCUUCAGCAAAGAGCAAGAACAAUGCGGCAAUCGUUGGAGCUAUUGUUGGCGUCGUAGUUGUGAUCAUAAUUGUUGCAAUAGUUGUGUUCGUUUGUCUGCGGAAAUUACCACCCAGCGAAGCAAAAAAUAGGCCUAUGGUGGGAGAGAUGAAAGAUAAAGUGGGCUCAUCGAGUAUCAAGUAG